UAACAUCGACGAAAUAUUUUGUUGCCAUCAACGCCACAAGGACUAAUGUUUGAUGUUGCUCUGAAAAGUGCUGGCGCACAAGUUGUGUUAGCGACUUCCAGUGAUGGAAAUCAUCCGCCUGAAAACAUAAUUGACGGGGACCAAGAAACAUUUUGGGCAUCAACAGGUCUAUAUCCACAAGAAUUCAUCAUAACAUUUUCAUCCAUGAUGAGUAUACAACGCAUUGAAAUAGCAUGCUAUAAUGUAAGGAAAAUAUCAUUUCAAACCAGCAAAGAAACUGAACCAACAAAUUUUGAAGAUUUGCUUGAAAAAGAGCUUGAUUCUACAGAUAAUGCACUCCAACAAGAGGAAUUCCCUGUCAACAAUAAAAGAGCCACUCACCUGAGAGUCACCAUUGAGAAUGGUUAUGAUCAUUUUGUAUCCGUGCAUAGACUGAGCAUAAAUGGAAAUGCUGUCCAUGGAUAACUGAAGAUUAUUUUAAGACUGAAUUUUUUUUCAAGCUUAUUUUGUAUUUUUGUCAGUAAAUGUUUUCAUUCAAAGAUAUUUUUUAAAGAUUGACUUUGUGUACAUUUAAUAAAAGUCCAUACACAGCAUUGGUAA